GGAAGACGAAGAGAAUGUAAAGUGGAUGAAUUUCGGGCGGAUACUGCGUCAUCCCCUUCAGCCUGAGGCUCCUAACCGAACCAUCGUGACUUUUUCUGCUUCUUCUUUUUUCUCUUUGUGACUUCAACUUCAUCACUUUUCUCCUUCCUUUCCCCCUCUCUGUCUUCCCCCUUUCGAUAUUGCUUCCCUGGUUUCAAGUGUUCCACAAUCAAUCAAGCAUUCUCGGGUGGUCUUAACCCCUCUAAUCCUGGACCCUCUCGGCAAGCGGUGAUCAACUGGCGUGGCAAACCUGUUCCUCCGACUAGUUCCAUCCCUGUCCAGUCUGACCGUUUGCUUUCGCUCGGUCCCUCGUUUAGCUCGAUUAUUUGCAUGAUUCUUGCAGCCUUCCUUUUCUCCGCCUUGCUCCAACGAAUCUCCUCUCUCCCCACUUCGAACCACGCUUCAGAGCCUGUCAUUCGGAGCCCCAAGUUGACCGCCUCUUGCUCCAAACCCCUGGUACGGCGCGAACGUCUGAGUGCCCGACGCCUUGUGAUCCGGCAUUUCGCAUUGCUGACCUCAUCUUGUUCCUUUUCACUCUUUUUUUUCUGUUUCUCAAUUUUGAUAUCUCGUAUUUCUAAUCCAGAGACUUAUCUUUUCUGUUGCGCAUCAUCUAACCCAGUGCGUCAGGUGGUCUCAAUUGCACCCAAUAUAAAAAAUCGUCUCGAUCCACUUCUGUUCCCCGACGAUCUGAUUGGCAUGAGUUCGGCCUGAGUCUGGCAAGGCCAAGCGCCACCGUUUCCUGGUACGAUCAGAAACCCUGUGCUGGGCGUCUUUUCUAGAUCUGGGGACCCUCUCCCGCUAAACGCGAUCGGGUUGGAGGAUUAUCUCUCCGUUAGCCUUCUGCCGGGUCGUUUCUUCCACCGUUUCUGCUUGGAGGAAGGUGUUUCCAGAAGGUUGAAUGCAUCAGCUGAGCCUGACCGUCAGAGAUUCCAUAAAUUCCGUCAUCGUCACCUUGGAUAUCCGACGGAGUGGUUCGGAAGACCGUACCGGAGCGAAUUGACUAAAAUUUGAGAACGCUUCCAUCGCACUUUUUCUUUUCUUUUCUUUUUUUUUUUUUUU